AUGGUAACAAAGAAGACAGCGAGGAAGAGAAAAUGUAAAUGCAUUUGUGAUAAGAAGGAGCUGUUGAAGAGGAUAACGGGUAACCCACAACCGUUGCCAGUGACGGAGAUAAACAAAAUACGCCUAAAUCUGUUCACCGAACGGAACUCAGACGGCAGUGGACAUUUAGUCCUGCGAGGGAAAGAUAUAUACGAUCGAUACAAGAGACGAAUUCGCGAUUCGGACAUAACCGCCAUUUACCGGUACGUCAGGGAAGCGCCGAGACGAAUAACGAUAAUAGAUUUGUGUUACAACGAAAUAACCGAUAUCGGGUUCUCCAAACUGUUGAAACGACUGCUGAUAAAGGGCAGGUCGAGCGUGACAGAGCUGAACAUAAUGAACAACAAUUUAACUUUCAAGUCUGCGGAGUCCCUAGCGGAGUACGCGAAGUAUAUCAAGUUGAGGAAGCUGAGGAUGAACGGCAACGACUUGGGAACGGAGAGCGGUACAUUCUUUGCGAAGCUCUUCAGAGGGAACGACACUAUAGAGUGUUGCGAUUUGGGCGAGACCAGUCAGACGCUGACCAGUCUUGCGGAGAUCGUGGCGGCCUUUAGGAGCGAUGACGACGGGAAUACGACUGUUAAGAUUCUCGAUUUAAGCAGACUGGUACCACUGCUCGAUCGCUACCCGUACGAAAGCAAAUGGCUCGCGUAUCAUAUAGAACUGUUACUGGAGAGAAACUCCGUUGUGACCGAACUGCAUUUACAGAAGUGCCAACUUAUAGCGCACGAUACGGAGUAUCUGAUCAGGGGCCUAUACAAAAAUAAGACAUUGCUCCACCUAGAUCUCGGCUUUAAUAGGAUAGGCGACUACGGGGCGGAGCUGCUGGCCAAAUAUCUGUCGGGGAAUCCCCAGUUGUUGGUUAUAAAUGUUGCCGGUAACGACAUUGGAGAUAUCGGGGCUAGGCGU